UCUUAAGUGCCAUAAACAUAAAAGCUACAUUGUGAAAGGUAGCCUACAACACCGGACGCUGAUUUGAAGCGCUUGCUUGAUGUGGAACGUUGGGCGUAUAAACCCUGCUGCACGGUAAACCCUACACCACGGUUUCACAAGAGGAUGGGAAACUCCGAAACCGAAGACGCUACCUAAAACGAAUGUCAUACAGGUGUUGACUAUAAUGCAGGAGGUUUACAUCGGCAUUCUUUUUCUACUGAUCCCGUCAAUGAUCCCGUCAACUGUUGAACACGGCCACAAGGGGGCCCUGGAUAGCUACCAUGUGACUUCAGGCCACUUCUUCCAGCUCUCAUGUGCUGGCUGCAGUGAGGGAUCUGACUGUGUGAACUGGACCAGAGGAGGCAGUCCGGGCCCAGGGCUUCCCCUGGGAGUAGAGGUCAGAAAUGGCUCGCUGUGGUUCCUACCCGCCCAGCACGACCAUGGUGGACUGUACACCUGUAAGGCCAGCAGGAACGACAAUGAAUCCUGGGAAAAUGAGUUUUCUGUGUCUGUGGACCCAGGGCCAUGCCCUGUGCCUGACGAGAACCGGUCUCUAACCCAGGGAAAAAACGAUUACAUCCCCUGCAAGCAGGACCAUGUCUUCAUCCUGGACAGAAACGCACGCAUAAGGUGGUUUAAGAACUGCAGGCCAGUGGAUGUUUCUGAACCUGUGCUGAGAGUCCCUGACGUGUCACAAGAGGCUGAUGGAGUGUACACCUGCAUGGUGGACUUCUCUCUGGAGGGGCACAACUACAAUGCCUCCAGAAGCAUGAGGCUCUCUGUAACCCAUGCUGAAGUUCUUCAGAUGCCCAAGGUGAAGUACCCCAGGCAGGAAAUUAUCACAGUUGAACCAGGUUCCAGUCUGCAGCUAACCUGCUCUGCCUGGGUCGGUGCUGGUGAGGAUGUGGAGGGUAUCCAUGGUUACUGGAAUAUCGAUGGCAAACACAUUGACGAGUUUCAACAGCUCAGAGACUCCUGGGAUUUUGUUCGCGAGGGGGAAAAUGUCUACCUCCAGUCCACACUCAACAUCUCCGAGGUCCUGGUGGACUUCCUGGGCGCUGAGCUGAAAUGCGUGGUCAUCAACCCCCUGGGCAAGGAUACCGGCGUGCUGCGGCUACAGCCUGCUGAUCACAGGUUCUUCUACACUGGUGUGAGCCUGCCUCUGGUCUUACCUGUGGUCAUCUUGGUCGUGGUCUUUGGCUUCCUGUUCAAGGUGGACCUGGUGCUGGUCUACAGGAAACUGCGCCCCCGUGUGUUCAGGAGGAUGACAACUCCAGAUGGAAAGCUCUUUGAUGCCUUUGUGAGUUAUCUCCAUGGCGAUGCAAUGUGUUCGUCCAGGGCGAUGACCUUUGCCCUGCACAUGCUGCCCGAAGUCCUGGAGAGACAGCACGGGUACACGCUGUACGUCAGAGGACGAGAUGACACCCCUGGGGAAGCAAUGCACGACGCGGUUGCCCAGGCGAUGGAGAGAAGCCGCAGACUUAUCAUCGUCCUGUCAGGGAGCAGCAUCUCCAGCGUGGAGCAGAAGUCACUAUGGCAACAGGACUAUGACCAGAGGAUGGGCCUGCACCAGGCCCUGGUCCACAGCAGCCUCAGGGUGAUCCUGGUGGAGGCUGACGCCCACGUGGACUACUCUGCCCUGCCAGAGUCCCUGAGAUACAUCCACAAGAAGCAGGGGGCUCUGAGGUGGAAGGCCAGACCUGCAGGCAGCCCCACGGCGCCCCCCAGUGGACGCUUCUGGAAAUGUCUAAGAUACCACAUGCCCUCUGAGCCUGGAGAGAGCACCCUGGGGACAGUCUGAGGGCCGGCCCCUCUCUCCCUCUCUCGCCCAGCCCCUCUCUCUCUCUCUCUCGCCCAGCCCCUCUCUGUCUCUCUUUCUCUCCAUCUCUCACAUCCCCAUGCUCCAGCUUCCCCUCUCUCUCUCACAUUCCUUCUCUCUCCCUCUCUCAUCCAGCUUCUCUCUCACUCUCUCUUUUUCCCAACAUAUUCCCUCUGUCCCUCUAUGUUUCUCUCUCUUACCCAACUUUUCUCUCUCUCUCUCCCACCCAGCCUGUCUCCCUCUCUCACCCAGCUCAGGGAUAUCAAAGUAAUUAGUCAGGGGACACGCUUGGUGUAUGCCAUUUUCCUCGCCUGCUUAGCCUUGUUGGCAGCAUUUCCCUGCUACUGAUCCCUAACCUGCUGUGCCGUGAUGGGGUUUAAGUCAUUGUAUUUUCAAAGAAAAGAAACAUGUAGCUCUAACAGCUGACAUGAUCAUGACAAGGUCUGACAUGAAGGAUUUAAAUUUUAUACUGAGCUCUAAUUAUAACUUAAAAUAUCUUUGUUGCAGAAUGAUAAGUGGAUGUUCUGCACGUUUACAUUUGUAUGUAUGAAUCAAAUGUGAAGUGUACUUGUAUUUGAAUGUGAAAUGUUUUAUUAUAUCAUGAUAGCAAUGUGAAUUUAUGUAGAUGUAUUGUCUAUGAAGUAUGACUACUGAAGUGCCCAUAAUGUUAUAAAAAAUGUUUUUCUUAUCUA